UGCCCAGGAGUGGGUGCUGUUGAUCCAGAGCCUGAAGCAGCUCAGAGUGAACCUUAUAACAUCCGGAAACCGGACCCAGGAGGAAGUUUAGAGAAAGGGGCCCGGCCCGAGACAGAGAGCGGGGAGAGGGAGAAGGAAACACCGGGGCCUGGCCCGGCCCGAGACAGAGAGCGGGGAGAGGGAGCAGGAAACACCGGGGCCCGGCCUGAGACAGAGAGCGGGGAGAGGGAGCAGGAAACAUCGGGGCCCGGCCCGGCCUGAGACAGAGAGCGGGGAGAGGGAGCAGGAAACACCGGGGCCCCGCCCGGCCUGAGACAGAGAGCGGGGAGAGGGAGCAGGAAACACCGGGGCCCGGCCCGAGACAGAGAGCGGGGAGAGGGAGCAGGAAACACCGGGGCCCGGCCCGAGACAGAGAGCGGGGAGAGGGAGCAGGAAACACCGGGGCCCGGCCCGAGACAGAGAGCGGGGGAGAGGGAGCAGGAAACACCGGGGGCUGGCCCGGCCCGAGGGGGAGAGGCGCCUGUGUCCGGAGCUGCUCGGGAUGGUGGUGCUGACGGUGAUCGGGAGGGUGGCGGACGGCCUCCCUCUGGCCGCCUCGAUGCAGGAGGAUGAACAGUCUGGACGUGACCUGCAGCAUUACCAGAGCCAGGCCAAACAGCUGUUCCGCAAAUUGAACGAGCAGUCUCCCACACGCUGCACGUUGCAAGCAGGAGCCAUGACUUUCCACUAUGUCAUAGAGAAGGGAAUUUGCUACCUGGUCUUAUGCGAGGCAGCAUACCCAAAGAAGUUGGCUUUUGCGUAUCUGGAGGACCUGCAGACAGAGUUUGAUGAGCAGCAUGGGAAGCGGGUCCCGACAGUCUCUCGUCCUUACUCUUUCAUUGAAUUUGACACAUACAUUCAAAAAACAAAGAAAUCUUACAUUGACAGUAGGGCACGUAGGAACCUCGGCUCCAUAAACACAGAACUGCAGGAUGUGCAGCGAAUAAUGGUGGGGAAUAUUGAGGAGGUUUUACAGCGAGGAGAGGCUCUCUCAGCUUUGGACAGUAAGGCCAGCAGCCUGUCCAGCCUGUCGAAGAAGUACCGACAAGAUGCCAAGUACUUGAACAUGCGUUCAACCUAUGCCAAGCUGGCAGCUGUCGCAGUCUUCUCCAUCAUGCUGAUUGUUUAUGUGCGGUUCUGGUGGCUCUGAGAUUGGCUGAGGGUGAUGCUAAUUAAAGUUGAUUUGCUCUUGCUACACAUCAGUUUCCCUGAUAAUGGAGUGCUGGAGCUGUGAGCACACGUUCUCUUUCUAGCGACUUAGUUUGGGGCCCAGUCAGUCAAGAUUAUUGCUCUUUUUUGUUGUAGUUAGUGUAGGUGUGAUGGGGGCCUUUCAUGUUCAACACUUGUAAGAUUACAUUUAACUCUGUCAUGUUGAAACAAAGAAUCCUUUCUUCUACCCCAUUGAACUGAAACAUUCUAAUAUUUCAAAUUAUAGUCAGAACAAAUGAUCGUAUUUCUCAGAAGCAUUAUGAAGGGUUGAAAUGAUGAAAAAUAUGUUUAAAUGCUCUGUAGACACUCUGUGAUCUUUCCUCCUCUCUCUGUCUGUUGCUCUUUAUACACAGAUCCUGGUGAAGUAGCUGAGGAGGGCCAGAUUACUGCUAAUCAUAUAGUUUGUGCUGUCACUGUAUCGAUAUUAACAUUCAUUGAAUAAAUAAAAUCACUUAUGUUAA